AUGUCUUUCUGGACGUUUGGAUUCAACGGUAGCGAUUCUAGCAUCACAAAGAUUCUGCAUGAAUAUAUGGAUCUGCUUUAUGAUUUGCAUUGUGAUGAAGAGAGGGAGGAUAGUGAAGAAGGGGUCAAUUCCGAUAAUAAUGGAAAUAUGCCUGGCUUAGAUGAGUCCGAAAAUGUUAUAGACCAUAGAGAAUUGAGUCGAUCGAGCUCUACGCAAUCGACAAUUGCUUCUUUAAUGCUUUUCAAUAAUCGCCAUACAAUGGAUAAUUUCUCCACCAUGCAUUCAGUCAGAAUGUCAAAAUCAAGACUUAAUGACGAAUUCAUAACUAGAAUUGUCAACGAAUCCGACUUGCUUGGUGAACUCAGCAGGCAAAACAAAGUUUUGAUCGAUUUUUUAUGUUUUGGUUAUUUUUACACUGAAAUCUCCCCUGAUCAGUAUCUUCAAGUGUCACACAUAGACUACCUCAUUGAUAGACUUCUAACUUGUUUAGAUUACCUUGAUGAUGACCACAUAUACAACCAACCUAGAGACUUCAGUGAGGAACGACCGAUUGACAUUGCAGGUCGGUUUGAUCCUGAAAGUGGUGACUAUACAGAAUAUAUGAGGGAGGUGACAGCUAUUUCAGACAUAUUCACAUCCGAUAAUUGGAUUUUAAACGAUUUAUUAGUUAGCGAUAAGACUUUUUUGAAUAGAAUUUGGUCACUUAUCCAGCAUAAAAAUCUAAAAUGUGAAAAAUCACCACAAUUAUCCAUUUUCUUGAAGUUGAAUAGAACUUUUCUACUGUUGAGAAGAAAUAGCUACUUAAAUUUUAUUCGUGGUUUGGAUACUUUUGUCGAUGAUUUUUUAAAUCAUAUUGAUUUACCAAUAUUAACAGAUUUUUUCAUUAAAAUAAUUGCGACUGAUAAACCAGAUAACCCAACUGGUAUUCUUGAAUUACUAUACGAACAAGAUAUAAUUCCAAAGUGCAUUAGAUUUUUUGACAAUGAAAAAUAUUCAGAUAACAUACAACUAUCCACAAGCGAAUUUUUAAGGUCCUUAUUGGAAAUAUCAUCUAACGUUCCUGUAGAUGAGCUUGCAAUUGGCCCAAAUAUUUUAAUUAGACAGCUUGCAUCCCCGGAGAUAAUCGAACAACUGAUAUCAACAAUGAUAAAUCAAAGAGGAUCCGCCUUAUGUCACAUUGUAUCAGUAGUGAUAGAUCUCAUUAGGAAAAACAACUCUGAUUAUUGUGCAAUAAAUUUACUUCUAGUGGAUGCUCAUGAAUUCCCACCAUCUACUAGAGAUCCAAUAUUCUUAGGGCAUUUACUAAAAAAAGUUACAGAAGCAUUUUCCAAGUUUUGUGAUAUCAUUUUAGAAAUAUUGAAUGAUGACAAGGAUUCUAUUACGCUUUACAACCAGCUAGGCCAUUCCUUUAAACCCAUAGGAAUGAUAAGAAUAAAAAUAACAGAAUUGCUAGCUGAGCUAAUUCACUGUUCUAACAUUAUGUUUCUCAAUUCACGACAAUGCGAAACCAUUGAACUCGAAAGAGACGCAGCAAGAAACAAAAUAACGCAAGAACUGAAUGAGGCUAUCUUUAUGACGGACACGCCAGAUAGUGAGAAGCUAGAUGAGUACAAUAAAAUUCAAGAACUUGACGAAACAUUCCAUAUUCCGUACAUAAACAGUAUGCAAAAUGUCAAACUAAGGAAAGAUCCUACCCUCGGCGAUAUGUUUAAGAUAAAAUUAUUUGAUCUCCAAAUAUUACCAAAACUAUUUAGCAUUUUUUUAAGGCAUCCAUGGAACAACAUCUGGCACACCGUCAUCUUUGAUAUCGUACAACAGAUUUUUAAUGGGCGCAUGGAUAGUUCUUAUAACUCUUUUUUGGUCUACUCAUUAUUUUAUGGAGGUGGAUCAUAUCAAUACAUGACAGAUACCAUUUUGAAAGAAGAGGAACGAAAAAAUUUCAAUAUUAUUGAUGAUUUUAUAUUGCAAGCUUACAAGUCCACUUAUAAAUUUUACGACAAACAUAAUACAAACCUUGGUUACAUGGGACAUGUGAUCUUGAUAUCAGAAGAAAUCUUGAAAUUUUCUGCCAUGUACAAAGUGGAAUUGAUAUCUCCAGACAUCGAACAAGUCUUAUCAGCCGACAAAUGGCACGAAUUAGCUCAAGAAAUAUUGCAUAAUACAAGGCUAAUGUCUAGUCAAAUUCUCGGGGGUGGCAGUUACGUAGAUGAUGGAAAUGGUAAUCUCAUACCGCAGUUCUCGAACCUAUCAUUGAACCAAGGUAUCGUCCAAAGCAAUAGUGACGAGAGUAUCAACGAUCUUUCCAAUGCGAAAACUUUAACAGAGCUUGAUCUACACAACAUGAUAGGCAGACUUUUCCUGGACAUACCCUAG